CUCAUUCAGCCGACAGCAACCGCUCUACUCCUCUCUGAGUGUCGGUAUCCGUUUUGCAGCAAAAACGUUUCCCGUUACUUGCAACUCCCCAUCCUUCCCUGGUUUUGUUUUCUUCCCCUGUUUGUCCCGAACCCAGCCAUGGCGGCGAGCGCAAAAAGAAAGCAGGAGGAGAAACACCUGAAGAUGCUGAGAGAAAUGACGAGUUUGGCUCCUAACAGAAAGUGCUUUGACUGUGACCAACGCGGCCCAACCUAUGCCAACAUGACGGUGGGGUCUUUCGUGUGUACCUCCUGCUCUGGUAUACUGCGAGGGCUGAACCCACCCCACAGAGUGAAGUCCAUCUCCAUGACGACCUUCACACAACAGGAAGUGGAGUUCCUCCAGAAACAUGGGAAUGAGUCAUGUAAACAGAUAUGGCUUGGACUUUAUGACGACAGAACCUCGUCCAUCCCGGACUUCAGAGAACCCCAGAAGGUCAAGGAGUUCCUCCAGGACAAAUAUGAGAAGAAGCGUUGGUUUGUGCCCCCGGAGCAGGCCAAGGUGGUGGCUUCGGUCCAUGCCUCCAUCUCUGGUUCGUCCGCCAGCAGCACGAGCAGCACCCCCGAGGUCCGUCCCCUCAAAACACUGCUGGGGGAGUCGGCCCCCGCCCUGCACCUCAACAAGAACACGCCCAGUCAGUCCCCGGUUAUCUCCAGCCGAGCGUCCCUCCAGCUGAGCCAGCAGCAGUACUUCCAUGACAAGAAGUUUGACCUCCUCAGUGACCUGGGCGGAGACAUCUUCGCUGCCCCGUCCGCCUCGCAGAAUACCGCAGCCUCAACCGCCAACUUUGCCAACUUUGCACAUUUCAACAGCCACCCAGCUGCUCAGAAUGCAAAUGCAGACUUUGCAGACUUUAGGAGUGUGUCGGUGGGCCCAUCAGCUGCUUUCCCGCCGGCUCCCCAAGCCCACUUUCAGACCUCACACAAAGCGUUCACAUCUCUCUCAUCCAGCCGCAGUGUGGGUGAGUUUGCCACGGCUGGUGCUGUCCUGCCACCCCCGGGUCCUCACAGUAGCACUUCCUCCGGGGCUAAUGCUAGCAAUUUUGCUAAUUUUGACAACUUCCCCAAAUCCUGUAGCGCUGACUUUGGAGGCUUCAGUUCCUUCUGCCAGGGCCAGAGUAACUCCUCCUCCGCCACAGAGGCGCCCAGUGGGCCGGUAGACAGAGACAGCAACGGCACUCACGUCCCUGCCGAUAGAUAUGCAGCUCUGGCUGACCUGGAUAACAUCUUUAGCUCUGCCAAAAUGGAGCAAGGAGGUAGCGUCCCUGGCGGAGUCCCGGGGUCCCUCCCACCUGCGUCCUCCGCAGGGCUGCGUCACCCCCAGAGUCAGCUGACGGGCGUGUCUGCCGCGGACCGCUACGCUGCGCUGGCAGAGCUGGACACGGUGUUCGGCUCGUCCAUCCCUGCCACCAGUGUCUACAGCACUGUCAGCACGUCACAAGGGGGGAUGUUUGGCCCUGUGACGGGAGUCACGUCAGCCCAGCCGCAGCAGUGUAUAUCCAGCAUGCCCCAAGGUUUUGGAGGUCCGUCCACGAACCCCUUUGUGUCUGCCGCGGUCGCCCCUUCGGCCGCCACCACCAACCCCUUUCAGAGCAAUGGGAGAGCCGCUGCUGCUGCCGCCGCCGCAGGCUUGUUGGGCUGUCUACAGCUGCAGGGUAACCCACCAGCCCACUUUGCCACGUUUGGCCCAGGCUCCCUGAGCAUGCCGGCCGGAUUGGGGAACGCUGCUGUCUACAAGCUCCCCACCAGCUUCAGUGGAACCUUCCAGCAGCCCUUCCCUGGCCAGGCCCCUUUCCCCCAGCCUCCAGCCUAUCCCCAGCAACCCAACGGCGGGGGGUUUUCAGCCUAUGGACAGGCCAAGGCUGUGGUGACCCCCUUUGGGCAGGCAGGCCCCCCCCCUGGGGCCUCCAGUAACCCUUUUUUGACCGGCGCUCCGUCAGGACAUUUCCCCGCAGGAAGCUCUUCAACAAACCCUUUCUUAUAGCGCCGCUUCACCACCAGGGGGCGUCAACACUAGGGCUCCACGCGCACCUCUUGCACUGUUUUGUGUCACAAGUAGCUUUUAAAAAAACAAAACAAGAAAACAACACAAUGUUUAUAAAACUGGCGUUUUGUAUUAGGUUUUAAGAACAACGAUGGCCGUUAGGAAAAGUGACAACUGUGACACGGUCCAAGGUGACAAGACAAGGUAAAGGUGUGUAAAGGGGAGUGGUCCCCUCUCAUCCUGUGAACCGGUUCAGUCUCCGCUGAGCCCCAUGUAUAUUCAAACUGAUACUAAGUUAUUGCAAAAUAUUCCUAUUCAUAAUGCUGCAAUUCUGUAUAUAUUUUUUUCUUAGUGGAAAUUAGCUCUUUGUGCAUAUCAGUAUUUGUAUCUUUAACACCAGUUUGUUAAGGCAGAACUGUUACUUGGAAAAGCUGGACUGCAACUGCGAAGAAGAACCCAAAGCGUUUUGUGCGGCGCUGUAUCGGUAGGACUAUUUUUACAGAGAAGAGGAGAACAAGCAUUUCAUCGUUUGUUACAGAAGGGGGGAGGGGGGCGUGUCUCCGGGAAGGGGUGUGGCUUUCACCUGUGCUCUUCGCCUGUGCUCUUCACCUGUGCUCCUCAUCUGACCUGCUGUCCAGGUGGUUUACCACAAUAUAGACUAAAGACCACUGAGUUGGUUGUUACAGAGAUUUAAGUUAAUGUGUGCGUGCAUGCACGUAUAUGAAUGAAUGAAUUUCGACUAAAAAGAUGGACCAAACCAUGUCAUGUUUGUAUUGCUGCACUGUAAAACUCCAUUUACUUAUAUUGAAACAUUUUGUAGAAAUGAUUUAUAUCCUCCUGAGACUCGGCAAGAAUAAUUAAGUGGGGUAAAAAAAAAAAAAAAAACAUUUCUAUUACAAUCAGUCAAAAUAGUGUUAGUGCAUGAUGUCCUACAAAGGACAAUUGUUAUUAAGCUCAUAGUGUGUAAAUUAUUGUAAAUAAUUUCUGCAAUAUUUACCUACAACAAUAAAUGUAAAAUCAAAACCAAAAAAAAAAGUUAAAUAGCUUGACUAUAUAGCUUUGGGAUUUCCAUAAAACUGGUUGCAGACAUUUUUUUUACAGAACCAAAAAUAUAGGUUAUCAAACUGAAACACCAUGUCAUAUCAGUGAGAAGUGUAGGCCCCAAAAUAAAACCAAAAACCUGUGUCCCCUUGAAGUAAAUAUUGCUGGGUCUUGGGAGGUGUUAUAUAGGUGUUGGAGUCUGAAUGUGGAGCAGUUAUUUUUGCUCAGGAUUAUGGCAGCUGGGAUCUCUGGCAAUAAACCAUGGACUGUAAAACUAUCCAGGAAACAGGGUUUCUGUAGGGCACGACAUACCCCGAACAUUUGCAAUGGAAAAGUAAGAUUUGUUUUGCUAUUGGACACAUUUAAGUAGACCCAGACCGUUUCGAAAGCUUUUCCAUGUCGUGCCUACCUACUGAUCAUGUCCCUAGGGCCCAGAGGUCUCUUUCUGGUCAGAAUUUUUGUUCAGGGCAUGUGUCGCUGCCGUUCACACAUGAAGGCGUCUCCACAGCGGUGAUGGCGUGUCUGUGGCUUCUCCGUGUUCUCAUAACGGUGUGUACACCCCUCAGAAAGAAAAUCACAGCGAUGACUAAGAAGUAGCUUCCAUAAAUGAUGAACUGCAAGAAAGAGUGGAGAGGUAUGAUGCUAUGAGGAAGUACACACGCUCCUGGAAACGUUUAGGAUUUUCUCUAUUUUUAGACCUCUACAUAUUUGCUCUUCAUUUAAACAUGAUUGGCAGCUAUAGGUAAUCUAAUUUGACAAAUAACACAAAAAUGACACUUGGUAGGCGAGUUAUUAUUAAAACACAGCUGUAGCCACACCAGCGGGUAUUGCCCCUUGUGGCAGACCAUUUAAUGUUGGCGUUUAACUGUUAUUUUAUUGUCUCUAUUAACUUGAUGUUUCCCAUUUAGCACUUGUUAAGAGCUUGGCAAUUGCAACGGGCUUGUUUGGGAAAAGAAUUAUGAAAAUAUAAGCAGUCACUACUGUUGCUCAGGAUAGGACUGUUUGCUUAAUGACAAAAAUGUAAUUCUUGAGGGGUUUCUGGCAUAUAUGAUUGACUUCAAAUUCCCCUUAGCAUUUCUGUUGGAUAAAGAUGUGAGGCUUUGACAGUCAUCACUUUGUUUUGUUUUUUGCCAUUCUGUUAUGGUUAACUGGAGAGUUUUGGCUCAUUGUCUUGUAUUUUUAGGAUAAGAUUCAUCUUUUGGACACAUGGCCUCACAUUCUACUGCACUAUUUUCCUGUAAAAUGUGGACGUACGGUUGACUGUAGUGGCAAGCUGGCCAGACCUUAAGGCAUUAAAACGGACCCAAAUAACAAUACCUCAUCAUUGUGCCUAACUGUUCAUUAUUGUUGGCAUUUGUGCAGAGCACAAGGUUUUACUACUGUUUUUCACCCGGAUGUUCUCUGGCAAAUUAUGAAAAACAAAAUCAUACCGGCGACUUCUUCCUGAUAUCCCAUGUAGAUGUUUGUGUGGUCACACUGAAUCACACUUUGGUAUUGAUUGAGGCAAGAUAUGCCUGUGCAUUUUUGGCUGUUUCCCUCAGGUUAUUAGACAUUUGUGCUGCUCUUGGGCUGGAUUUGAUGGACAGUCCUCGAUAGUUUGCCUGUGGUCUGGAAUGCUUUCCAUUUAUGGGUUAUUUGUCAUACAGUGUAAUGAUAGAAAUUGUUCCAUUAACCCUCCUAGAGGGAUCAACAACAAAGCCCCAGAGAGAUGUUGGCUUGAUGGGUUAGCAUUCAGUGGCAUGGUUAAGACCAAAUCAGUUUAUUAUCUUUAUGUAAGACUAAACCCUACCUGUUCAUCUCUAACCAUUUUUGAAUAAUUAGUUCACCUGUUUGUUGUGGCGAUAAAGUGAUGUAUUAACCUUUUCUGUGAAAGGUAAUUGCAUUUGUUUCAUUUUAUAAAUGUUUGCUGUGCGAUUCUUCUGUGUUAUCUGUUGAAUAGAUUACCUAUCUGCAAAUUCUGUUGACAAAUGCAGGCGUUAUUGUUGUCCAAGGACAUUUGAACCAUUAACUCACCUGUGGGAUGAUGCCCAAGCCGAGCCCCCUGCCAUCCACCACAACCGACGUGAUAAUAGUCUGAAGGACCAAAGACCCAAAGUUGUUUGCUCCAAAAAUCAGUGCAUAUCUUUCCAUAGACAGUUCAGUAGCAAUUUGGAACCUGUAAGAAUAAGGGGCACAUGUUUUUUCCCCCACCAAAUAUUAAAGGGACAUUAUAUUUAAAAUCUAAUGUCAAGUUCCCAAGUCCAUGACUCACACACUUUGUGUGUAGAAUGUCCAGCUAUAUGCCAUACGUAUGUAUGGAAUAUAUGAACAUGUCACUUUUUUUUUUUUUUUUUUAAAGGGAUGUACUUAGAUCGAGUGUUCGAUUCCUUUAACGAUAUGACCAUCAGAAGUCAAUGUGUUCAUUUGACAUAAGGCAUGCGUCAUGCUUCUAAUGGCAGCAAUUCACAAUUUGACAUGCCCGUAUUUCCACGCACAUGGCUAUGGUGAUGAGCAGCAUGUAGAGGCACUUGAAGACUAUGUAGCCGGCGUAGCAGACCCAGAUGUUUGCUGUGAACGUCAUGGUGAAAAGGGCUGCAGCUCCCAGGCCAGAGAAUGAUCCCAGGGCCAGCUCUCCCCACUGGGCCCAGUCCACCUGGGUGAAGCCAAUGCCAUAAGCGGUUGCUGCACCUGCAAAGAGCACACCCAAUGGUCCGUGCAAUGAACGUUUGACCCAGCGUUACUAUAUAGACUUGUAAUGUCUUUGAAUGUUGAUGAUGAACUCAUGCGCUUGGUGGACAUGUUUAGACUUGGAUUUGAAGUGGUGGUUUACUUGACACAAUAAAGGAAUGUUACUGAGCUCCAUA